CGGACCAAAGGUGACCAUCAUGUACGGUCUGCUCGUUUGUUAAAAUUGAUUAUCGAGGCCCAUUGGUAAGACUAAGGUGGACCGACUCACAUCCAACCAUUCCCCGUUUCGCGCCAACCCGGAUCCGGUUUGCCGCUCCAUCUACACUUCAUAUAAACAGAGUUUCACAGGGCUUGCUAGCAUUCCCCACAGCACAAAUCAAUGGCGGACGGUCACUUAUUCAACAAUAUCUCUCUCGGAGGCCGUGGCGGCACUAACCCGGGGCAACUCAGGGUUUAUUCAGGCGGUAUAGUGUGGAAGAAACAAGGAGGUGGAAAGGCUGUGGAAGUGGACAAGUCUGAUAUAUCCGGGCUUACAUGGAUGAAGGUUCCACGGACUAAUCAGCUUGGUGUUAUAAGUAAGGAAGGGUUGAAAUACAAAUUUACUGGAUUCCGUGACCAGGAUGUGUCUAGCCUCACUAGUUUUUUUCAAACUUCAUGUGGCAUAACACCUGAAGAAAAACAACUGUCUGUUAGUGGCAAGAACUGGGGAGAAGUUGACCUGAAUGGCAACAUGCUUAGUUUUCUAGUUGGCUCAAAGCAAGCGUUUGAGGUAUCCUUAGCUGAUGUAUCCCAGACACAACUUCAAGGAAAAAAUGAUGUCAUGCUGGAAUUUCAUGUCGAUGACACUACAGGGGCCAACGAGAAAGAUUCGUUGAUGGAGAUAAGUUUCCAUAUACCUAAUUCCAAUACUCAGUUUGUUGGUGAUGAAAACUGUCCUCCAGCUCAAGUCUUUCGCAAUAAGAUUGUGUCGAUGGCUGACGUCACACCAGGAGGUGAAGAAGCUGUUGUCACUUUUGAGGGGAUUGCCAUCCUUACUCCAAGGGGUCGCUAUAAUGUUGAACUUCAUCUUUCAUUUUUAAGGCUUCAAGGGCAAGCCAACGAUUUUAAAAUCCAAUACAGUAGUGUUGUUCGCCUCUUUUUACUGCCCAAGUCUAAUCAGCCACAUACUUUUGUUGUUGUUUCUCUUGAUCCACCUAUCCGUAAAGGCCAAACGUUGUACCCACAUAUUGUUUUGCAGUUCGAGACAGAUUAUGUUGUGGAAAGCACAUUGUCACUAAGUGAUGAUCUCUAUAAUCACAAGUACAAAGACAAGUUGGAACCAACAUAUAAGGGGCUGAUUCAUGAAGUUUUCACUAUGAUAUUACGGGGUUUGUCUGGUGCCAAACUCACAAGACCAGGAAAGUUCCGAAGUUGUCAGGAUGGUUAUGCAGUGAAGUCGUCUUUGAAAGCUGAAGACGGGGUCCUCUAUCCGCUUGAGAAGAGUUUCUUCUUCCUCCCGAAGCCUCCAACACUUAUUCUUCAUGACGAGAUUGAUUAUGUGGAAUUUGAGAGGCAUGCUGCUGGAGGGUCAAACAUGCAUUACUUUGAUCUUCUGAUCAGACUGAAGACUGAACAGGAACAUCUAUUCCGCAACAUCCAGAGAAAUGAAUAUCACAACUUAUUCGACUUCAUCAGUUCGAAGGGUUUGAAAAUCAUGAAUCUUGGUGGUCCCCAAGCUGCAGAUGGUGUUGCUGCUGUUUUGCAGAAUGAAGAUGAUGAUGCUGUUGAUCCACAUCUUGAGAGGAUCAAGAAUGAAGCUGGUGGAGAUGAGAGCGAUGAGGAGGAUGAAGAUUUUGUGGCUGAAAAAGAUGAUUCUGGUUCACCUACAGAUGAUUCUGGAGGAGAUGAUUCUGAUGCUAGUGUUAGUGGAGGUGAAAAGGAGAAACCUGCUAAAAAAGAAGCCAAGAAGGAGCCUUCGGCAUCUUCCAAGGCAGCGGCAAGUAGGAAGAGAACGAAAGAUGGCGAGGAAGAUAGUGUAAAGAAGAAGAAACCAAAGAAGAAAAAAGACCCAAAUGCACCAAAGAAGCCAUUGAGUGCCUUCAUGUUCUUCUCCAAGAAUGAAAGGGAGAAUGUGAAGAAGACGAAUCCUGGAAUUAGCUUCACAGAUGUUGGUAGAGUCCUCGGAGAAAGAUGGAACAAGAUGUCAGGCGAGGAGAAAGAAAGAUACGAAGCAGAUGCUAAGCAAGACAAGAAACGGUAUACAGAUGAAAUGAAGGGAUACAAUAACCCCCAGGCAACGAAAGCAGAUUCUGGAAAUGAUUCUGACAGUGAUUAGGUUUAAAUGAGAGUACUUUGAAGUUUAAACUGUAAUAUGGAAGUUAUGAUCUCUAUUAUCUUCUUCUCUCGACUGUAUUAUUAUUUUAUCUUGUUAUAUAUAUUUUUAAAUUAAUUUUAAUGUCUUGGGUA